UCCCUCCAGCCCAUGGGAUCAGAGCGUAUGGAGAUGCGAAAGCGGCAGAUGUCGGUGCAGCAGGAGUCGAUGGCGGGUGGCACGGCACCCACCCAGCAGGACCAGAGCCAGAACCAGGUGAACCAGAGCCAGGGGAACCAGAACCAGGGGAACCAGAACCAGGGGAACCAAAGGGGGAACAACGCCUGUUGCUUCUGCUGGUGCUGCUGCUGUAGCUGUUCCUGGAACGAGGAGCGUAAGGAGAGGAACCGGCGGGCGUCCUACGACCUCAAGGCUGAGGGGACUGCCGACUGCGAAGACAGCAGCCCGCCUCCCACUCUGGAGGAGGUCCGUUCCUGGGCCCAGUCGUUUGACCGACUGAUGUCGUGCGCUGCUGGCCGAGUGGCAUUUAGGUUGUUCCUGUGUACAGAGUUCAGUGAGGAGAACAUGUUGUUCUGGCUGGCUUGUGAGGAGUUCACCAAGGAAACCAACAAGACCUCCAUUGAGGAGAAGGCACGGCUCAUCUACGAGGACUACAUCUCCAUCCUCUCACCCAAAGAGGUGAGUCUGGACUCCCGUGUUCGGGAGGUGAUCAACAAGAACAUGUUGGAGCCGUCGUCCCAGACCUUCGUUGAUGCUCAGGUGCAGAUCUACACGCUGAUGCAAAGAGACUCCUACCCCCGAUACAUGAACUCACACGCCUACAAGAACCUGCUCAACUCCCUCUCAGAGCAGGCCCCCGAGUCCUAAC